GUUUUACUAACUUUUAUGUUUGAUAACUUUGAUUGUUUUAAUUUUUAUACUUAUCUCAUUGAAUUUUUAUACUUAACUUAUCUCAUUGAGUUUCUUUGCGACAGGUCUCCUUAUUGGCAACAAAUGGUUGAUGCCAUUACCAUAUGCAGGGCAGGGUUCAAAGCCCCUAGUGAGGGUGAUUUGAGGGGACCCAUUUUGUCUCAAAUGGUGGAUGAUGUGAAAAAGGAUUUAGAUGAACAACGCCACAUAUGGAGCACUAAAGGUUGCACCAUCAUGACUGAUGGUUGGACGGAUAGGAGAAAUAGAACUCUCCUUAAUUUUCUUGUUUCUUCCGCAGGUGAUUGAUUAAUUUUAGUUUCAUAUAGUCUUUAAUUUUUUAUUUUUUAUCUAAUGGUUUAUUGAAUGAUCAUUGACCUAGCUUUAUUUUUUUAUUUCAAGGGGCACUGUUUUCAUCAAGUCCAUUGAUGUCUCCGCCCAUUGCAAGAAUGCCACCUACCUAUGUGAGCAGAUAGAGGAGGUGAUUGAAGAUGUGGGUGAGGAGAACGUGGUACAGGUGGUGACCGACAAUGCAGCAAAUUAUGUUGCUGCGGGUAGACUAUUGAUGGAGAGGCCCCAUCUAUAGUUUGGACUCCAUGUGCUGCUCAUUGCAUUGACCUCAUGUUGGAGGAUAUUGAAAAAAUCCCAUGGGUCAAGAGAUGUGUAGAAAGGGCAAGAAAUGUCUGCAAAUUUGUAUAUAAUCAUUCAUGGGUGUUGGCUCUUAUGAGACAAUACACAGAGCAGAAGGAGUUGCAUCGUCCAGGAAUCACAAGAUUUGCCACAAACUUCCUCACAUUGCAGUCCAUGCUUAGGUCUAAGCCUGCCUUGAGACGUAUGAUUGUUGGUGAGGAGUGGUCUUCCUCAUCCUAUGCUACCACCCCUGCAGGGAUAGAGAUGGCAGACUGCAUUUUUGAUGAGCAAGGCUUUUGGGUCCCUUGUGAUGAGAUAGUGAAGUUUGUUAAGCCCUUGGUGGUUUUGUUGCGAGUUGCAGAUGGAGAUAAGCCCGCAAUGGGCUAUAUAUAUGAGGGCAUGGAUAGGGCAAAGGAGGCCAUCAGAUUCGUCUAUGGAGCAGAUGAGAGCAAGUAUGGUCCCAUUUGGGAGAUCAUUGAUAGGAGAUGGCAUCAUCAGCUACAUAGGCCCAUCCAUGCGGCAGCCUAUUAUCUGAAUCCGGCAUUCCGUUUUAUCCCUUCUUUCAAGGCUGAUGCGGAGGUCCUUAAUGGGCUAUAUGCAAAUCAUGGAGAAGAUGGGACCUGCUGGUACUUCUCAGAUAGACCUUUUUCGAGAGCUAUAGAUGUUCUUAGAUGCACAAGGGGAGACCUUCUCUCGUCCUGUCACCAAAGAUGGUAGGACAAGUAUGAUGCCAGAUCAUUGGUGGAACUUUUUUGGCCCAGAGACACCAAAUGUUCAGAAGUUGGCCAUUCGUAUCUUGAGCCAACCAUGCAGCGCAUCAGGUUGUGAGCGCAAUUGGAGUAUGUUUGAGCACAUACACUCCAAGAGGCGCAAUAGAUUAUCUGUGGAGAAGAUGAAUGAUUUCGUCUUUGUUCACUACAACCUCCGCCUGAGAAUGAGAAAGAAUGCAACAGUUGACAUGUCUCCUAUCAUUCUAGAUGAGGUUGAUCUUGAAGCAGAGUGGGCCAAUGAGAAUCAGACAGCUCCUGGGACUCCUAUAGCUGUAUUUAGUGAUGAUGACAUUGAUUGGAUCGACCAGGUAGAUAUAGAGGCUGAGGCUGUAGCCAUGGCAGAGGAGCAGAGAGCAUGAGCAGAGACAGGAAAUACUGAGACUCAGAGUGACACACCUGUUCUUGAUGUUGGUGAGCAUGACACAGCAGUUCCUGAUGUUGGUGAGCAUGGCAUGGUAUCACGGGGAGCGACUAUGGUUGCUGAAUCAUCCAAGACCUACUUUAAACGCCUUCGCAGGGGGCCAGGGCGAGAGGGUGCACGGCCCUCUCAGCCAUAGGCUUGUACACUUGUAGUUGUAUUUAGUAUUUACUAUUUACCUUUGGUAUUUGUAUGAAACAUUUGAUGAUGAUCAUAUGAUGACAUGGAUUUUUUAUUCCAUGAGUUUUGUAAUAUUGUAUACAUUUGACAAUAUUUACAUAUCUAUGUUUCUUAUUUUCUUCAGCUACAA